UUUCGAUCCUGCAUAUUGAAUCAACUGCGUCGAAGACCGGACAUCACUAUUAAUUUCGGCGCGAUGGGCGCAGAGAAGGACGCCGAAGACUUUCGACCUGCCGGCCUCAGCUUUUUUCAACAAGUCACCAACCACACUGGCAUCACCAAGGAUGUCGAGGAAUGGGACUACGAGGGAUCCGGCACAGAGGCCGAUCCCUACGUGGUACAUUGGAUUGCGCACGAUCCGCGCAACCCCAUGCUCUACUCCGAAAUCACCAAAUGGAGCAUUACAUUUCUAGUUGCGAUCUCGACAUUGGCAGUGGCCUUUGUCUCCAGUGCGUACUCAGGAGGAGCAGAGCAGGUCAUCGCAGAAUUUGGCUGUAGCCAAGAGAUUUUCACUUUGGGCAUAUCGCUCUUCGUGUUGGGUUUCGCGAUUGGACCUCUCUUGUGGGCGCCCCUCUCAGAAUUAUUCGGACGUCGCCUGUUAUUUAUCGGAACCUACUUCGGCUUGACUGCUUUCAACGCGGGCGCGGCGGGAUCACAGAACAUCUGGACACUUAUUAUCUUGAGGUUUUUCGCCGGAGCAAUUGGUUCAAGCCCUUUGACCAAUGCUGGAGGUGUCAUUGCGGAUAUGUUCCCUGCCAAGCAACGAGGCCUCGCGAUGUCUUUAUUUGCUGCAGCGCCAUUCAUGGGCCCGGUGCUGGGCCCGAUCGUUGGUGGCUUUGUCGGCCAGACCAUCGGUUGGCGAUGGGUCGAGGGCGUCAUGGCCAUAUUCACCGGUGUCCUGUGGAUCAUCGGAUCUCUUUUGAUACCCGAGACUUACGCCCCGGUCAUCCUCCGAGCAAGAGCUGAUAAGUUGAGCAAGAUCACGGGAAAGGUUUUCAAAAGCCGGCAAGAGAUUGAUCAAGGCUCAAUCAGCGUUGGUGAGGUUUUCAAGACCUCCCUUAUGCGGCCUUGGAUCCUUCUAUUCCGAGAACCGAUCGUGUUUCUGCUUAGCUUAUAUUUAGCAAUCAUUUACGGCACGCUCUACAUGCUGUUCGGGGCGUUUCCCAUCGUCUAUCAACAGCAACGAGGUUGGUCUCCUGGAAUUGGUGGCUUGGCAUUUCUGGGCGUGGCCGUGGGCAUGCUUAUCGCAGUUGCAUACGCUAUCUGGGACAACAAGCGCUACUCCAAGGUCAGCGACGAGUAUAAAGGAUUUGCGCCUCCGGAAGCUCGUCUCCCAUUGUGCAUGGUUGGCUCUAUUGCAGUUCCAGUUGGCAUGUUCUGGUUUGCGUGGACAAACUACCCUUCGAUUCACUUCAUGGCUUCAAUCGCAGCUGGCGCGCCAUUCGGAUUCGGCAUGGUUCUCAUCUUUUUGGGAAUUAUGAAUUAUUUGAUUGAUUCCUACACAAUUUUUGCAGCAUCUGUCCUAGCAGCAAACUCGGUAUUACGGUCUCUCUUUGGAGCAGCAUUCCCCCUCUUUACAAGCCAGAUGUACAACAACCUCGGGAUCCACUGGGCAUCAUCCAUUCCCGCAUUUCUCGGUCUGAUGUGCGUGCCUUUUCCUUUUCUGCUCUACAAGUACGGCGCCGGUAUCCGUCAGAAGUGCAAAUUCGCCGCCGAGUCCGACGCGUUCAUGCGACGUAUCCAAGCCGAGGCCGAGGAACGUGGCGACUUGAAAGAGGACUUCUCUGAAGAAGACACCGAUGCUAGCAAGCCCGAGGAUGAGGCAGACCACACGAAGCAAUCCGCACUGGAUCGAUCCCGCUUCCAGCCAAUUCGUACCGUUAGCACGAGGCGGACGACCCGCGAGGCGCGCAAAGGCUACGACGACAGUCCUUUCGAUCUCGACCGCGUCAACACUCGUGAGAGCUUCAGGAGUAGCCGCAGGAAUAGCACUGCUUCAGGAUUGGCACACACAACGUCAAGGACAAGCUCGACAUCAAGAAAGUCGCAGCGAUGA